AUUUGUGUGAUCAGACAAAAUCAGUAGAGGAUGUGUUUCGUCAACUGGUACACCUGAUUGUGACAUUACGUUACAAGUAUGCAGUCAAACAGGUGAUAGUGAUGCAAGUGUUGCACCGACUCCCCCCUGCCAGACCCAUUCGCUAUGCAGUGGAUACGGUGUUGUUUAAUGUAAAGGCAGAUGAUCUUAAUCGUCGGCUAGACAGAUACAUCAAAGGCAUGGAUGGGGUAAAAUUUUUUAGACUGACUGGAUUUUGGUCAGCAGCAAGCCAGCAGAAGGUUUAUGACUCUGAUUGUGUCCACCUCAACACAGAAGGCAAUAAAAAAUAUUAUAAUAAUUUGAGAGGUGCCUUGAUAUCAGCAAUGAAGCAGUUGGAUUUGUAAGUAAUAGCAUGGUCAGGAAGAAGACAUGCAGUGACAAAGGGGGUCAGGAGAUGAGCCUAACCCUUAACAACAAUGAAACAGAAAAAAGAAACCCAGCAGCAUUUGAGACAACUCGAGAAUCAAGGAGAAACCUUAAUGCUGUGGCUAAACGGAAACGACCUUCAGCAGCAGCUGGAUCAGCCCAACAAAAUGUCAAUUUGUCUGAUGGAAGCGAUGAGGUGGAACAGCCUGACCUAGCUGGGGCUGAUGACCAACGUCAGGCUGCAAUGGUGCAGGCCAUCACGGCACAAGUUCUGUCCACUUUGGAGGCUAGAGACAAGCCUAAAGGCCGGAAAAAGAGUAAAAAAAAAGGCGACGCAUAUCACCAACACCAGUUGUAUCAGGUACUGACUCUGAUGACAGUAGUAGCAGCAGCAGCAGUAGUGAUAGUGACUCUGAUACUAGUUCAGAUAAUGAGUUAGAUACCCCUUCUUCUGCUCGUCUAU